AUGGAACGCUAUGCUGACCUCGAAUUGACGCGCAAAGAAACACGCCGCUUGCCAAUUGCUUAUUCAAAGUCUCUCUGCGAUCUCCACGUCGCUCCCCCAAGCCGCGCCUUGCAACUUACGCGCAAAAUCGAUCCCGCAACAUCUGGGCUUCGUUUGCCGCCUGGGCCCACUCGCCCUUGCCUGUCUCGGCCGAUAUCGUUCUGUGCGACUUCCAAACCAGUCUUGUGUGAGCCAACAAUCCCAGGGGUGCGGCGACGUUUCUCUCAGCUGCCCGAUUCUUCUUUCGCCUGGUACUACGGCGUUGCGACUGGUGUCUCGAACUAUGGUGAUGACCAUGGACUACCCCCUCCCACUGUAUCGAGGCCGCCAACACCGCCUGGCUCAGUUGUCAGCACCUCUCAAUUGCGGAGACCUCAAGUUGUCAACGCCCAUCCCAGCUGGCGCCAGGGAACUGACUUCGGACUUGGAAGACAUUUCGACGACAUCUUGCCACUUGAAUCAAAGGUUGUGUGCGAUGACUCUAGCGUUGUCAGCUCUCGCUCAACGCCGAUAGCGAUCCAUGGGGCUAUCGAUUCUGAUGCUGUCUCCUCACUGUACAACUGCACGUCUUUCGAUUUUCCAGAGCCCCCACCUAUUGGCAGCCCUGUCAUCCGACGUAUGCGCAGCUCGCCGUGGUUUGGUUUGGAUAGCUGUGAAGGCGAGCUCCUGAAUCGUGUCUUUGAAAACUCUUGGAAAGGGAAGGACGAACUCGCCGUACCGACGAACGGUGUUCUUGACCAUGGCCGCAGGAAAACACUCCAGAAGAGUCUUUCGUUUUCCGAGGACCCCCAUAAGAACGACUGCGUCGACCUGGAACAACUCGGUGAAGUGUUGCUAAGCUUGGACAUGAACCAACGGCAAUCCACACCCCUGGAUGUUUCUCACUUUGGUGAUUUGUCCAAUGCGUCGGAUUUGCUGCAAUGGUCGACGUCUCAUCGCAGUACUCCUCGAAGCCUAACGCCGAAACCAGCAGACACUCCAGUUGCAGCCAGGCAACUUCCUGCACACUGGAACGGCUGCGCAGCUGAGACUCCUUCGAAGCCCGCGGCACGCCAAGAACCCUCGUCGUUUACUCGUUUGCCACGAAUCAUUCGAAAAGUCGCAAGUAUGAGGUCUGAUACACAGAAGCCCAUGGACGUCCCGCCGCAUAUUCCUAGUCGCAAAUCCAUUCCCAAGUCUCGUUCUUUUCGGUCGAUACUCCGGUCGUCGACAGGUGAUCGUGUUCCAAGUUAUGGAUAUAAGGCGGAGGACAUGCAACAGAGUAACUGGUCUUCAACUGGUCAAGGUCACAAGAUAGAUUCAGCAAAGAGUCGGCGGCAACACCUGUCGACCCCCUACACGACUGGUCUGGGCUUGUAUACCCCUGGGUUCGAAAGAGUUGACGUUGUGCAUGACUCGCUGGAUUCGAAACCUUUAGCAGCGCCUUUUGUCCAUCGUUCGGCAAGCAAAGACGCCUCUGCGAAAGGAAUCCAACUGGGCCAGGAAACGACACCCAGGUCGUUCAUUGAUAUCACGCCAGAGAGGAAUAUGAGUUCGGACAACAUGAAAGCCACCGUGAAGAAAGAGCGAGUCAAAAACUUCAUUUCUAAAGCGGGAAGCUUCUUUGCUUGGGGCAAGGGGCACCGGAGAAGGAAGAAUGCAGCUCACCAGUGA